UGGACAACAGGCCGUGGCCUCUGAUUGGCUGAAGCCAGUGUGCGUUUCAGGAUAAAACGGCGUGGACUGAGUUCAGCGGCAUCUUCUCUCCAUCAUCAUGGCCUUCCUGUGGAUCUUCUCCUGCCUCGCCCUGAUCGGCGCCGCCUAUGGCUGCGGAACCCCCGCCAUCACCCCUGUGGUGACCGGCUACGCCCGCAUCGUCAACGGUGAGGAGGCCAAACCUCACUCCUGGCCCUGGCAGGUGUCUCUGCAGCAAUCCACCGGUUUCCACUUCUGCGGUGGAUCUCUGAUCAAUGAGAACUGGGUCGUGACUGCCGCCCACUGCAACGUCAGGACCUACCACCGCGUGGUCGUUGGUGAACACGACAAAAGCUAUGGAAACGAGCAGGUUCAGAUCCUGAAGCCCAUCAAGGUCUUAACCCACCCCAGAUGGAACCCCAGCACCAUCAACAACGACAUCGCCCUGAUCAAGCUGUCCACCCCCGCCCGCCUGGGCACCAACGUCUCCCCCGUCUGCCUGGCUGAGUCCAGCGACAACUUCGCUGCUGGCACCACCUGUGUGACCUCCGGCUGGGGUCUGACCCGCUACAACGCUGCCACCACCCCCAACAGGCUCCAGCAGGCAGCCCUCCCCCUGCUGUCCAACGACCAGUGCAAGAGACACUGGGGCAGCAACAUCUCUGAUGUCAUGAUCUGUGCCGGUGGAGCUGGCGCCACCUCCUGCAUGGGUGACUCUGGUGGCCCCCUGGUGUGUGAGAAGGACAACGCCUGGACUCUGGUGGGUAUCGUGUCCUGGGGAAGCAGCCGCUGCUCCACCUCCACCCCAGCCGUCUACGCCCGUGUCACCAUGCUCCGCAGCUGGGUCGACCAGACUCUUGCUGCCAACUAAAGGCAGUACAGGAGAAGGAUGGGCUGCAGUGGAUGACACCCCCCCCCCCCCCCAAUCCCUGGUCCUGUCUGGAUCAGUGUAAAAACUGAACAUCAAUAAAACCUUUCACUCAGA